CAUACAUUCCUAAAUCUCUCCAAAAUUUUCUAUCUUUUCUUUCGGUUCGAAAACAAAAUGAAAACUACCCUUCAAGAAUAUAUGUUGGAAUUUCAAAUGUCAUUGGCUCUAGUACGAGCUAGAUAUUUGGGUCAUCCUUCAAGGCAUUUUCACAAAUCUUCUUCAGAUGAUGGAUCUCAAUCGAUUGAGAAAUAUAAUGAGAAAGAUUGGAUCUUGAAUAGACUCAACAAAAAUGGGAAAAGAACAGACAGUAUCAUUUAUGAACUCCGAGAACAUGAGAAAUUAGGAGCCAAGAUAUCAGAAACAGUAAAGGGAAAGCUGAGUUUAGGAGGAAGAAUUUUGAGAGUUGGUGGGCUAAGGAAAAUGUACAAGAAACUAUUUUCAAUGAGUGAAGGAGAGAAGGUUUUGAAGGCUUCACAAUGCUAUUUAUCAACAACAAAUGGGCCUUUGGCUGGCCUUCUCUUUAUUUCCACUCAUAACAUUGCUUUUUGCAGUGAUAAAUCCAUCAAACUUGAUGAUUAUGUUACAUUUCACUAUAAGGUUGUGAUUCCAAAGGAGAAGGUGAUGAGAGUAAAUGAAAGUGAGAAUGUUAAGAAAGCUUCAGAAAAGUACAUACAAAUAGUGACAAUGGACAAUUUUGAGUUUUGGUUGAAGGGAUUUUUAAAUUAUCAAUCUACUUUCAAUUAUCUUGAUCAGGUAGUAGAGAGAAGACUUUGAGUUUCUUUCUUUUUUUCUUUUUAAUUUUUAAUCAUGGUUGAAGUAUAAAACAGAGGGAUUAAUUUGUACAAAUUAUUAUUAAUUCAAUC